CAACACUUUAUAGUGGAGUCGUCUAUGUCAGCUGUGCGAAUGUACAUGUUCUAAUACAUUCACGACGUUUAUAUAGUAAGGAACUUAACAUUUUUGUAAUUAAAUAAGUUUUAUUAUGGCCGAAGAUAGAGAAAUAUUGCGGGAAGUAUGGGAUGGACAUAUUCCAGUUUGCUUUAAAUUAAGUGUUGAUGGAGUUUAUACUAUUCAACAUCCUGAACCAUAUUAUUUAAUGGUUCCUCGUCUUAGUUAUUUUCCAUUGGUUUUGGAUAAAGUACAAAAACACUUUGCUCAGCAUUUAGCAGAAGAGCAUCAGAAUGCAGAAACAUGGCUUGAUUAUGGUGGACAACCUCUUAAAUGGCAUUAUCCCAUAGGAUUGUUAUUUGAUUUAUAUGCAAACGAUGCCACUCUUCCAUGGGAUCUUACUAUUCAUUUUCAAGAUUUUCCUAAAGACGAAUUAAUGCACUGUCAAGGAAGGUUGGCUGUCGAAUCAUACUUUAUGGCCACAAUAAAGGAAGCAGAUGCACUAAAACAUAGAGGACAAGUUAUCACUAGCAUGCAGAAAAAGGAUCAUAUUCAAUUAUGGCAGGGUUUACAAAAUGAUAAAUUUGACCAAUUUUGGGCAGUUAACAGAAAACUUAUGGAGCAUACAAAUGAUGAACCAUUUAAACAUAUUCCUUUUAGAAUAUAUCAGCUAGAUCAGCCAUUCAUUCAGAGAUUGAUUCGUCCUUUAAAUGAUAUGGGAGAAAAACAAACACUUAAACACUUGUUAAUAAUGAUCAUUCCAGAUAUUAUGAACCAGGAAGGAGAACUGAAAUAUAAGGUAGUAACACAUGGCAUAGAACCAUCGUUAGACACUCCUUUGCAAUGGAUGAGUGAGCAUCUAAGUUAUCCAGAUAAUUUUCUUCACAUUUGCAUUUUACCAUUGUGAUGAUGUCAUAGAUACAAUUUGUAAUGAAUGAAAAUUGAAAAUUAUCAUCAAAUCAAACUAAAUGCACUUAUAGACGUUGUAAAAUAUCCAUAUGCUGUGAUACUGUUUGUUUCAUACUAUGCAAAAUGAGUUCGUAAUAAAAAGAACUUAUUUUGUAUCAAAAAAUAUGUUGUAAAUAAACAGAUCUGUAAAUUAAAAAUCCUGUAUUAUAUAAAGAACAUAUUAAAUGUUUAUAUUUAA